AUGGAUAUUGUGGGACCCUUCCCCGUGGCGAUUGGGCAGCGAAAGUUCUUGCUCGUCGCGGUGGACUAUUUCUCCAAACAGUUCAUCGGAGGGAAACUCAAAGAGUGGUGCGAGGAGUAUGGCAUCCAGCAGACCUUCACCUCCGUAGCGUACCCUCAGAGCAAUGGGCAAGCCGAAGUCACCAAUCAGGAGAUCUUGCGAAUUUUACGAGCUCGGCUCGACCACAUCGGAGGGAGCUGGGUGGACGAGCUCCCCAGUGUGUUAUGGUCAAUCCGAACGACCCCUAAGGAAGGCACGGGCCUCGUAUACGGCGAUGAGGCGGUCAUCCCCGUUGAGGUGGGAGUCAAGUCCAAUCGAAUACUGCACUAUAGCGAAGACAACGCCGAGCGGAGGCUUCUGGAGUUGGACUUCAUAGAUGAGACGUGUGACAAAGCAGCCAUUCGGCUGAUGUCUUAUAGGCAGAGAAUGAGGCUGAACUACAAUCAAUGA